AAUUUCUGGUAGGCCCUAAAAUUUAAAUGAUAAGAAUAGAGAUUAAAUGUAACAUGAUUUUCUAUGAAUAGGUCAAUUAUGUCCAUUUUUAGAAAAAUCACACAUGAAUCAAUGUCGUGACUUCUGUUUUAAUAUAUAAGAUGUUUAUCUCUUCUCAACAAUACAAUGAUUUUAAAAAACUGAGUGGCUAGUAGUAGCGUCUAGGAUGUUAAUAAGAACGUAAGCAACAUGUACGCGUCAUACGCAAUAUGUUCUGGUAAUAAAAAAACUAUGCUAAUGUAAGAACUGUCCAUGCGUUUAUUGUGGCAAUAGUAGAUUCUAAUCCUGCAGCUUCUCUACUUCUUCAUUGUCACCUCUCUCAUUCUUCUCUGCUUCGUUGUCGUUACCUUCCUCUUUCUUCUGCUGCUUCUCUGUUUCUCUAUCGCCACCUUUCUUUUCAUCCUCCCCAAGUCGCUGUCUCUUGGAGGAUCCCGCAGCAGAAGGAUGUGGUCCAAAUCCAUGUCCAUCAGUAAGUAGCUCGACCAUCUGAUCUGUAUCACUCUGAAUCUCACGCAAAGUACUCAAAUGCCGUGUCUUACUAUGAAUCUGGUCCAAAGCAUUCAAAAACUGCUGCCAAAAGUCGUCUGCAAUAAGAAACCAACACACAAUGUUUGACAUUCAGAAAAGGCACAAAAGGAGAAACAGAGAGGAAGGCUGAGAGUAGUUUAAUUACUGUGGAAAGCUGGAGAGGCUUGAAGGUUUUGGUUCUCUAGAGCAUUAUCAUUAUUAGUAGCUUCUUGCGGCACGUGUGGUGAUGCAGCAGGGUAUCUCUGGACAAUUGGAGAAUUCCACAAUGCUAUAACAGAAGCAAAGACAAUGUCAACAAACAGUUUUAGGUUGGACACACUGAGAAACUCAAAGAACAAGGAACACAUGCAUGUUUAUUUUACGGCGGCGAGCAGGAGGAGGAGGUGGUGGAGAUAGACGUUGCUUCUCUUGCUCUCCCUGUAUAGCUGAAGUUCCCUCUCGUGGCGAAACAAUCACAAGAUAACCAAAAAGACAAAAACUCAAAACCAGUUCUGCCUUACACCAGUCGCAAAAAGACCAAAAAGGAAAGAAACUUGUGCGACAAGAAACGAUGUGUGUUUAUGUUUUACGUACUUGAUGCAACACGCUCACAGGUCAUUAAAAGAAUCAAAUAUACUAUAAGAUUUUCCUUUUAUUCAAUUCUUUUUGUUUUUUUGCUUAAGCUUGGUUUUUAUUCGUUCUUUAUCAUCCAAAUUAUAAAAAUAGAAAGAAUGAAAAAAAAGGAAAAUCUUGGCCACUAUUUAAUAACCUCUCUCAUUUACUUGUGCGUGCUAAUGUUAGAAAAAAACAAUGUUUGAGAGAGGAGCAAAUUGUUCGUUAAUAAUGUUGGAGAGUGGAGAACAAGCAACGAUUGAUAUUGAGGCAACUGUGUCAUGCAAGUGUUCAUCCAACACUUUAAAGAUAAGACUAAAGCGCGAUACAGAAGUGUUUCUCGUACACCAGCGUGACGGAUCCGUGGACAUUAUCGGAUCACAGCCGGCUCCUCCAUUCCCAAUCCCUCACAUCCUCCUAAAAGACAUCGGUAGCUUUGAUCCGCACAACAUCAAUCCUCUCCUCCAAUUAGACCCUGUUUUAUGCGAUCAUAUUUCUGUUAUAAUCGCUUCCAAAGCAGCCGAGGAGCGAGUUCCAGGGCCAUUAUACAUCUCCCUAUACGUCACAGUCACCCCACACAGAUUCCUAGGAGACGAUAUUCCUUUCCCUGAACAAGACGAGGAGUUGGAGACAUGCGGCAUUUGUUUGGAGGAGCUAAAUCCGAGGGGUGAAAUCUAUUUCGACAUGCCAAAUUGUUCUCAUCAGUUUCAUGAUCUAUGUAUAUCCAGGUGGUUGAGGCGUAGCAAGACUUGCCCUCUCUGCCGCACUUUUUCUGAUUAUGAUGAUUGACAACCAUGCAUCUCUUCUAUUUUUCUUUCUUUUUGUCAAACUUAUUGAAUUCAGUUUUUUUUUUCUCUCCAAUUUUUAAUGUUCAUGUCAGAUUUCUUGUCUUUCACUCCUUCCUUGUGAUUAGGGUUCACUUAAUAAUUUCUCGGAUUUUUCUGACCCAUCUUUGGAAGACAUAGUUUACCACUCUGUAGCAUUGCUUCUUAAGGUUAGUUUAUUUGCAACACUAACCCCCAACAAAUUGUGUUUCUUCAAAAAUCGAUUUGAGACAUCAUCACCAUCUUCCUCUGGACCAAAACUUGACAAGACCAAAUUCCAUUUUUGUACUGAAAACUAUAUGAUUCUAGGAACCAGUCUAAGUCUCUUCUCUGUCUUCACCUUCUUCCUCCAUUUUUCGAACAUAGUUUGUGUUUUGAUAUGUCUGUUCCACUAGCGUUAGAAUUAAAUGAAUCUUCCUCACUCGCUUGCUCGAUCCAACUUUCUGAUAACUUCUUUGAAAUCACGCCAAAACUCAAGCACGCUCACGCCAAAUACCUUCUUUUGAUAUGUCAUUCAUGUUGAAUCAAUGUUUUUAAACUCUGCUUUUUGUUUUUUUAACACAAAUAGUAUACACGCAAAACUCGUGCUUUUUGUUUGUUUUUGAACAACUUCUAUUAACCUUAAAAAAACCUUAGGAGCCGCAACAACAUGAUCAUGGUUAGAGUUUCGUAACGAGUUGGACAUACUCUUUGAGAUAAAUACGGUCCUUCAGGUUUUGGAGCGCUACGACACAUGAUCCGAGUUUUUAUACUCUGGUUCUGACUUCUUGUUUGAGACAAGUUCCAUAAGGUAGAACAACAUUAAAUUAAAAUACAAACCCAAAAACACUUAAAAAAUUCGUCAAAACAGUUUUGUUUCUUAGCCGUCCAUUUUCUAAAGGUUUGAACACUAACAGGGAGUAACAUGGUCAUACAUAGAUUAUAUAAUUCAAAAAAGACAUGGUCAUAGAUUCCACACAAGUAGUAUACACGCAGACACACAAAUCUCUUACCACAAAAAUAUGAUCUUAAAAUGGUUGUUUAUGGUCUUCAAAUGGUUUUACUCCACUUCCUCUAUGUCCUAUCUCCACAAAAUGUACGUAUAAGUGAAGCAUUAUUCCUUAUACUUUCUCAACAAUGAAAUCAAAACUGCACACUUUGCAUUCACUAAUACAUCGGAGUGGGCUGAGACUAUUAUCUCCACUGCCUUGUGGAAGAAGGCAACUGAAGAUAAAAUAAGCUUAAACUAGAGCCACUUCUCUGUUUGUCUCAGAUCCGAUGGUAACUUAGUUUGACUCAUUAUUACUUAUCUUAUUCACAUAUUAUUACAAAUCUAGAGUCAAUUUUCAUUCAAUUAUCUUGGGUUUUUUUUUUUUUUGUGUUAACGCUAGGUACUUAAAAGUUAUAGUACCUAUAUAUGUAUGACGAUGUGACAUUUAAAUAUUUGUAUCAGAAAAGAUCGGUUAAAAACUACAGUAUUAACCGAAUUAUGAAAAAAACUCCAUCAGAUUGUAACUGUUUACAUGUUUAUCCCUCCUCCACAAUACAAAGCUUCGAGAAACACAAUAAAAUUGCUCCCCAAUGUUUUUUCAAACAGCGUAGCUAGUACUAGUAGUAGCAUCUAGGAUGAUAAUAAGAAAGUAAGCAACAUGUAUAUGUGUCAUACGCAAUGUAAGAACUGUCCAUGCGUUCAUUGUGGCAAUUGUAGAUUCUAAUGCUGCAGCUUCUCUACUUCUUCAUUGUCACCUCUCUCAUUCUUCUCUGUUUCUUUAUCGUUACCUUCCUAUUUCUUCUGCAGCUUCUCUGUUUCUCCAUCGCCACCUCUCUCUUCAUCCUCCUCAAGUCGCUGUCUCUUGGAGGAUCCGGCAGCAGAAGGAUGUGGUCCAAAUCCAUGUCCAUCAGUCAGUAGCUUGACCGUCUGAUCUGUACUACUCUUAAUCUCACGCAAAGUACUCAAAUGCCGUGUUUUACUCUGAAUCUGGUCCAAAGUAUUCAAAAACUGCUGCCAAAAGUCGUCUGCAAUAUGAAAAUCUAUUCCAUCUCCCGAACAGAUCCCCUAAACCCUCCUUUUCACAAAGUAGCUCCUAUAAAAGUCAACUUCAUCUUCUACGCAACAUUGAAAUGCUAAAUGAUAAUACAAAAAACAAUCAAAGGAGUAAAUAAUAACCUGCAUUCUAGCAGCAUUAUUCUCAUACUCAGCAGACCGAGACAUCAAAGUUCCUCUGGCUUUUCCACUGCCAUCAUCUGAGCUCGGAGCUCAAUCUCCUGCAGCUGAAGUUCUCCUUUUUUGUAGCCUAGAAACUGUACGAAUCUGGUCCAACAGUUUAGCAUCUGAGCAAGACCCAUCCAUCGUAAUGGAGUAUAGAUCCAAAUCACCAACCUCUUUUUACCAUUCUACAAGGAAACCCCCCACCACAGACAAUGUCGUCUCCACUCUCACAAACAAGUUCAUAAAAUAGAGGAACCUUGUAUAUGGUUCUGUCUUCUGUCUGGUUUAGCUUUUAACUGUUCCAAACCCUAGCAAGCAAAGGAUACCAAAGAGCAUUACCACAGUCUGUGGUGUUUCCGAAGUUGUGAGAAUCCGAAACGGCGCACGACUCUUUUCUUGACUGAGUCGGCGACGGAUUAUGAAGGGAACCGCCACGAGUCGCGGCUACGGUCGAACUGAAAAGAAAGUCCCAACAAUUGGGCCAGGCUAAAAAGGCCCAAUAUAAUCAAAUACUUAAAAAAAAAAAAAAAGUCCAACAAAUAUCAAUCAAAUCAAAUCUCCCUCUCUCUCCAUCUAAGUUUCCGUUAAACAUUGUUUCUCUCCUCUCUAUCUCCCCCUUUGUUUCUUUCUUUAUCCAAGAACGCCAAAAACCUUGGAAAUUUCUUCUCACGGAAUCAUUACUGGGUUGGGGCUGAGGCAAAAAUCUUGAGUAAGUCGAAACAAACAUACUUUCUUGCCACGAAAGUUUCUUUCUUUGUUUUUGAGAAAAUCUUUUCUUUUCCUUCUCUCUGAGUUUUUUGUCUUUUCGAUUGGUUCUCUUGUGAUUGUUGCUUAGGUUCUCAACGAGAACUAAAACUGCUACUCCCAAAUCUUUUGUGCCUUUUUUCUUCUUUUGAUCCUCUGUUCCUCCAUUUUCUUGGUUAGGGUUUUCAAACAUGAAUGAAACGGGAUCAACUUCGAAAAGAGGAAACUUUGAGGGCAGCUUUAAAGAUGUUGAUGAUGAUGUGACUAGAGAGAGUCAAAGACAAGUCGUUACUAUAUUCCUGGCCAAUCUAAGAGCGCAAAGAACCGUGAGCGCACUACUCUCUACUCGUCGUGUGCCCUUUUGUUUUGUAUAUUUCUUUUUGUUCUUUGCCACUGGUAAAAACGGAACUGGUCCUCUGUUCCUCCUCCAUACUUAUUGUCUCACUUUCCUUUUUAGGUUUUGAAACAAUGAGGGGAUCAACUUCAGGAUGUGUGAAUCAAAGACAAGCGGGGCCUUCCACCAAUGCUUACGCAGUUUCUCCUUCAAGUCAAGCGGGAACUUAAGCUUUACUGAGAGAGCAGAGCUGCAACGUUUAUCUUCACCUCCUCCUGCUCUUCGCUGUAAUAAAAUUGGUCCUUGUUCCUUGUGCCUUUUCUUUCUUUUUAUAUACUUCAUUUUGUGCUUGCAACUUGAUUUUGAGUUUUUUCUUCUUCUGAUCCUCUGUUCCUCCAUUAUUAUUGUCCAGACCGCAGGUCUAAAGAUGAUGAUGCUCUUAGGAAUAAGAGACAGAGUCAAACACAUAGUGGGGUGACCAUCCCACUAAUGGAGAGGGAUCUUUGCCCUCGUGAGAAAGUGAGCAAAGCUCGUAGGCUUUUCAAGAUGAUCUUCAAGGAGCUCUUGGUUGAUGUUGAAGCUAAACGCACAACACGUAUUGAUCACGACGUUAGGAUGAUGCUCAAGGAGCAGAAUAUGUGUGUGAACACAGAUUAUAGGGUAGGAGAAGUUCCUGGUAUCCUAGUUGGUGACGAGUUCGAGUACAAAACUGAGAUGAGCGUUGUUAGUCUACAUUUUGGGAUUAUGAGUGGAAUUGACUAUAUGGAAAUGAGUCCAGGAUUGACUUUGGCUACAAGUAUCGCAGCAUCAGAAGGAAGCCAAUACAGUAAGGUUUGUUGAAAGGUAACAUGGCUCUGGUGAAUAGCAUGAAACACAAAGCUAAAGUUCGAGUGAUUCGUGGGUUCACUCAUGGAAACAAACAGAUGUUUGUGUAUCUGGGCUUAUAUGUGGUUAAAAGAUACUCGGAGGAGAGAGGAGCAGGACUGUUCAAGUUUCUGCUAGAAACGGCUUGACGUGUCAGAGAAACGGCUUGACGUGUCAUCCUUUCCGUGACUAGGUUUUUGACUUUUGUGUCCAGAUUAAAAGAAUCAAAUCCUUUUAUUCAUUCUUUUUGUUUUUUUCUUAAGCUUUGCUUUCUUUCUUUUUUUGUCAACAACAUGAUCAUGGGUUAAUUUUUGUAACGUGUUGGACAUAUUCUUGAGAUAAAUACGUUCCUUCAGGUUUUGUAGCUUUGCAACACGGUCAUGGUUCUAACUUCUUGGUUGUGACAAGCUCCAUAGGGUAGAACAACAUUAGAAUAAAAAUAAAAACCCCUAAAAACUAACCCCCAACAAAUUGUGUAGCAUAUAUAGCUUCUUAAUUAGGGUUAAUUUAUUUGCAAAACAAACCUCCAACAAAUUGUGUUUCUUCAAAAAUCGAUUUGAACGAGUUUAGUUUAAAAGACAUUGUGUUUGAGAUAUUGUAUUGGCAACCGAAGAUAAAAUAAGCUCAAAUUAGAGCAACUUCUCUGUUUGUCUCAGAUCCGGUGGUAACUUAGUUUGGCUCAUUAUUACUUGUCUUAUUCACAUAUAUUACAAAUCUAUAGUCACUUUUCAUUCAAUUAUCUCAGGGUCUGAAAUGUUCUAAGAAUCUUAUGAUCAAAGAGUUGAUACUCGUUGUCAAUUUCAUUGAGUAAGAAGCACAAAAACAUUUUCUGAAUAUUUGUGUGCCAACGCAGAAGGCUGUAAAGAGUGUGCUAAAGACUACAGCUGAUGCGUCUGUAUUACCAUCCCUACUUCUAAUACCACUAAUUUUAGCCCCAAACAGUAAUCGCAAUAAGCCCUUUCCAAUGUUGCACUCAAGACUCACCAAAAGUCUCAACAUAAGUCCUGUGCUUGCAACUUGAUUUUGAGUUUUCUUCUUCUUCUGAUCCUCUGUUCCUCCAUUAUUAUUGUUCAGACCGCAGGUCUAAAUAUGAUGAUGCUCUUAGGAAUAAGAGACAGAGUCAAACACAUAGUGGGGUGACCAUCCCACUAAUGGAGAGGGAUCUUUGCCCUCGUGAGAAAGUGAGCAAAGCUCGUAGGCUUUUCAAGAUAAUCUUCAAGGAGCUCUUGGUUGAUGUUGAAGCUAAACGCACAACACGUAUUGAUCACGACGUUAGGAUGAUGCUCAAGGAGCAGAACAUGUGUGUUAACACAGAUUAUAGGGUAGGAGAAGUUCCUGGUAUCCUAGUUGGUGACGAGUUCGAGUACAAAACUGAGAUGAGCGUGGUUGGUCUACAUUUUGGGAUUAUGAGUGGAAUUGAUUGUCAGGAAAUGCGUACAGGAUUGAUCUUCGCUACAAGUAUUGUAGCAUCAGAAGGAAGCCAGUACCGUAACGUUUUCAAGGGUGACCAGCUUCUGUACUCUGGGGUAGGAAAAGGUUUGUUGAAAGGUAACAUGGCUCUGGUGAAUAACAUGAAACACAAAGCUCCAGUUCGAGUUAUUCGUGGCACUAUUCAUCAUGGAAACAAACAGAUGUUUGUGUACCUGGGUUUGUACCUGGUUAAAAGUUACGAGAGAGGAGCAGAAGGAUGCUUCCAGUUUCUGCUAGAAACGGCUUGACGUGUCAGAGAAACGGCUUGACGUGUCAUCCUUUCCCUAUAAUAUUUUGUCUGUUUGUAAUCGGCACAAUAUUGUUACAAUCAUUCCCUAUAACAAUACAACUAACAUGAAAUUUUCAAUUCAAAAGUAUUUUACAGUAAAAGAUUUUUUUUGUCUUUUCUAUAAUGAUUUCACUUUAAAUAUGGGAUUAGCACAUCAUCCAUCCAAUCAAGAUAACGAAUCGUUUUUGGUUUAUGCAUGUCGGACCAAAUUCAUAAUUUUAUUAGAUUGGUUAUAAUGUUUUGAGUUUAUUACAAUAUAAUAUGUGUUAAAAGUCACAAAUUUGUAACUAUAUAUAUUCUUUAAGGAUGUAAACCGAUCAAUUUGGCUGUCGCUUUACAUAAAAGAAGAUAACAAUAUCCUCAUAAUUCUAGAAUUGCAUAAAAGAGGGUUAUAAACUUUAGUCUAUAUACUCCAAUACACGAGGUUACAGAGAUCAUGUUAUCAUACAACAGUUUAUUUUGUCGUGUCAAUACAACAAUUAAGGUGCCAAAAACAAUGGUUUUUUGGUAACACUAGCAAUGAUUAUAUGGUAACAAAUCUUAAUGAACAUCCAAAUCAUGUAACAUGAAGAGAAAAAGACAAAAAUAGCACUAAAUCAAGUUUAUGUUUCCAAACUAGCAUUCAAGGUCAAAAGUCACAAAAAUAGCACUUAAUGUUUUAUCAAAAGUCACAAACUUAGG